UCAACGUUUAGCCGGCCUUCACAGUGCACUGGCUGUAGCGGUACACGGUCAGAUCUGGGACUAUUUGGUUUGGAGUUUUGCAUUUGGUUGGAUUCAUGUGGGAUAAAGUGCUGCUUCCAUCACGAGUCGAGUCGAGGGUUAAUAUAUUGUGGUUUCAGCACCGUUCAUUGCCUUAGUUUAUUGUGAGCCCUGUGUUUGUAUAAUUAUUACCGUAUAUGUGGAGGAGCCUUUUGUGAGUUUAUCACCGACCGACCGAGUUGUACCGUGAACAAACUGAGUGUAAAUAGUGCAGUGUUUCAAAGUUACGAUUGCAUCAAUCAGGAUAAUAAUCUGAUUUAUUCCAGCCGAUGGACGGUUUAGUGUGACGUUUUGCUGUUAAUUGCUAUUAGCUGGGGGAAGUGCUAUUUUGUCAGUGCGAACCGAUUUGGAAUGUGCAAGAAUUUCUAGUCGAUGGCCACCAAUAACGCUCUGAAUCCAACAUUCCAUCUCCACACCAUCUUCCACGUCAAGUCAUUGUCUGUACAGUCUUGAACCAGCCGAACCAUGUGAUUUUCAAGCAACCAAACAAAAUCUACCAACACCGAGUACCUAAUAGAAUUAGUACGUCCUAGGAAGCUGUAGUUCCUUCACAAAAAACAGCAAAGAACGGUUCAGCAAAAUGCGCGCAAAAAGCGACACACUGGACGAGAUUAGGAAAUCGAUCGCCGAAUCCGAUGACGAUGCAACACGUUCAUCGUCCGGUGGGGGCUCAAGUGCAACCCACCAGCGACAGAUAGAUUUGAGUUUGCUUCGGAAGCCGAUUCUGACGGCAGUGACUGGGUUUAUGGAAGCGCAAAAAGCCUACCAAGCCGGUACGGAAGAAAUUCGCAAACUGUUGGCCAGCGAGUGCGAUGUGCUGUACGAGUGCCGUGUAUGUCGGAACAUUUUUCGUAGUUUGACCAAUUUCGUAUCUCACAAGCGGGUGUAUUGUCGAAAGUUGUUCAAUGCGGCGCAGCAUUUUCAUUUUCAGAAUGAUGGAUUUUUGGAUCAAGACAUUGCAACCAUUGUGCAAGCAGAGCAGGACAGUCAGCACAAGGCGAAGAAAGUUCACGCCGACGUGCUGAACAAAGAUCUUUCCAGUAUAAUCGAACGGCUGAGGCGAAAUCAGCACCGAUUUAGAUCCGAAUCAACAUUGACUGACUAUUACGCUAAGAUUAACCAUAAACUAACACAAGAUGAUCUCAACCGGCAGCAGCAUCUGCUUCAACUGGAUCAAGUUCCGAAUUCACAGGCAGCGGUUUAUCAAACGAUCCGGCAUGAUGUCAUUGAAGAUAAUAUGCGGUCCCAAGUGCGUGAGUUGGAGAAUUUAGUCGACAAAGAUAACAUUGUCGUGGGACCGGACGGGAAGGUGAUAGAACCUAUGCUCAAAGGGUCAUCAACGACACUACCGGUCAUUUUUGAUCCAACGAAUUGCUAUUUCCAACCGAUUGAGCUAGACAGAGCUAACGAUGAAGACAGAGUGAAUCGUAGUACAAAUAAUAGUGAGAAUCCAUCGGUGUAUAGGUGUCAGGAAUGCAAUUUACAAUUUGACACGGAAAAGAUGCUCAAACUGCACGGUGAAAUGAAGCACACACCUUCCACCUAUGUCUAUAGCUGUCCGUCAUGUACGCGAACGUUCCUGCAACCGGGGUCCGUCAUUCGGCACCUGAGCAAUGACCAUCAAAAAUCAAUGCGCCGUAUCAAGCAAAUGCGCGACACCAUCCUCAAGCGUCGCACCCGCAUCGACGAGGUAGUGGUGAAAGGUCCCUCCCGCGAACUCUCCCGCCUACUGCAAUCAACCGGCGGUUCCACCAACAGUACAAACUCGUCCGCGGACUACAACCAACAUCCGGACGAAGAACGCGAUGAGGCGGCAGCCACCCGUGCCUGGAUGGAAAAUCUGGAACAUUUCGACCAGGGACCAAUGUGUUCGUACUGUGGAAAAACGUUCGAGCGAAAGGCCGUACUUAGCACGCACAUGCAAACAUGUGCGCAGAAAAUCCGCCAAACCGAGAACGGUGCUUCAUCGGUUCCGCCCUCCUCUUCGGCGUCAUCGGCAUCCGGUAGGCGCAGUAAGGUGAAGCAUGCAUCACCAGCGCUAGCAGUAACGGUCAAACAGGAACCGGUGGAUCCGCCCAGUAGUGAUGAUUCGAAUUCGAUUGAUGUACCACUGUCGGCGCUACAGGCACGAAUCAGUCAGCAAGUGAAAAAGGACGAUAGUAGUCAAAUUGAAAGUGUACUUACCAUUAAGCCAGAAGAACUUGUUCUGUCGGGUAGCAACGAGGAAGGUAGCAGGCGAAAGAGAAAGAAACCUACGAUAAUGCUGCGAAAUGCUAGCGAUGACAUUAGCUGGGAAGUUGACGAACAGGAGCCGAAAUCCGUUGAAGAUAGUACCAAUGCAACCGUGCAAAUCAAACAAGAACCGGUGGAAGUUGUUGAGAUGAAAGCUCCGAAAGCAAAACGUGGACCAAGAAAUCGAAAGAAGCAGGCACCGGAAGAGGAGAUGAGUGAUAAGGACAUGAAAGAACGACUUGAGGCAGAUGGUAACAUAGUUUGUAGGUGUAGCAAGCGAUAUGAUGAUCCUGAAAAGUACAAAAGGCACUUGCGAGUGUUUCACAGCCGGCAGCGACGCUUUUGGUGUGCGGUGUGUGACUUCAAGGGUUACCGGAAGAUAGAUACCGUUAACCACUUGCUUCAGGAGCAUAGUUAUAAGGGAGAUCCGGAGGAUAUUUGUUCUCUGAUAAACUUCCAACCGGUUGAAAAAUUUGAAAAAUUAUCAAUUGAAGAACCUAAACAAUCAAUUGAAUCUGUCAUUGAAGCUGUGAGUCGAAGUUGUGAUACGAAUGCUACGGACAUAUCCUUCGCUGAGUUUAGUGCUGAUAAAACUGGUAUUUUGAAUUCUAAAAGUAUUUCCCAUAAAGUGCCAACACUUGAGGGUGGCUCCCCGAAUAAGCGGAGUCGUAGCAAAACCACUCAAGACACUGUCUGUUCUUCGGACGACUCAAAGAGUAAAACUAAAUGCAAUGCAACCGAAGACGAUAGUUCUAGUCCUACCUCGAAGCGGCCUAUACGAAACCGCGUUAAACCCGUUGACAAAGAUUUCGUUUAUGAUCUGACACAUUUUAUGUACAAAGAUGAAGAGAUAUAUGACUACCCCUUGCCGGAACCCGUCUUGGAUAAGCCUUUGAACAAGCCAAACAAAUUCGAGCCUAGCCUACCACCGGCUGUCAGUCCACCGGAGAAACGAGAAACCAAACGGGAAGCUCUCCGAUCACAUGCUCCAAAGCCAAAACCUGUCCCAUCUGAAUUAACUCGAGGGGCCGCUUAUCAGAUGGCUAAACGACAGGUCGAUCUGGGCUUAGCAAUGUUUUUCCGCCCACCUGACAUUCCCCAGGAACGUGCCUUCAUUCCGAAGAAAAUGUCCCCGCUAAAACAACAACGCUCGCUGACAUCCCUUCACGAUUGGCCGGUGGUGAAGAAGGAUCGUAAAAUCGGAUCCAUCACCAAGCAGCCGUCGGAUACUCGAAUCAAACGCCAGUAUACAAAACGUGCCUCAACCGUGCUGACCGGUACUACCAGCCUACCGGAAUUGAUCCGCGAAAAACGAAAAGCCAUUCCUCGACGCAACAGUGUCGUUCCGUUGCCGCAAAAACUGUCCGCUUCGAUUGAAAUCCUUAACAAACUGAAUGCUUCUCGGAGUGCCGCCGGGUUGGAUGUAGUACGGAUGUCCGAUAUCCCGGUUAUGGCUAAAUGUCCAACGCAAGCCGAAUUCCGACGGUACAUUGAGGCUAACCUUAAAGAUCACCGUGCGAAAAUGUCUCAGGUUAAUUUGAACGGGACGACUGCGGCUGAUUUGAGCGAACAGUCUGUGCCGCGGAAGCGAAUCACGCUGAUGCAACGGUUAGCAGAAAACAGAAGUAAACGGAUGCAGGAAAACGGCAUUCCAGUGGUUACGGAGCAGCAAACACAGUCAAUAGAAUCGUCGCCAAGCGGAGCUUCCAAAUCUAUUAAUGUGACUGAGCUGCUGCAAGCCAAAUUGAAACGGUUUUCAUCGAUGUAAAAGGAAGGGGAUCAGGAUUGAUUUCUCUCAACACAAUUUACACGUCAUUAGUUACUCUCGUAUUUUAGGUGUUUAAUUACUAUUUUGAUUUCAACGUUUACUGAAGAUACUAAAACUGUAUAGUUUAACGAAAAGGCAUGCUCGUCUACACACUUGCAUGGUCUAGCAUUUCAAUCGUUUUAGAUUCUAAACACGUUUCUGUUCGAUCGUACAAAUACACGGUCAAAUUGUUGUGCGUUUAUAUUAUUAGCUCGGAAACUAAUAGGUUUAAGAAGUUCAAUAAUACAUAUUUGUCAUUCGAUGAUAGGAUUAGAUUUUAAUUUGUGAUGCUUUGGAAAUUGGUUCGUUACUAAAUGGAAACCAAAGUCUUGUUGAAAAUCAUGUAUUAAAGAAGUGGAAUCUAGUUUCAAUCAUGUGUGCGUAUUGUUAUGUAGAAUGAAUUCGAUCGUAAAGAGAACGUGUAUAAAUAAAAGACAUUUCUCAAUCCAA